AUGGUCUUCAAAGGAGUCACCUCAACCCCUGAAAACAUCAUCCAGAGAUGCAGAAGAGAAUUUGCAGUAUUAGAUUAUAAACCAGUUACCAAUCAUAGACUUCUUGUCCCUCAAAAUAGGAUUAAUCUUCACUGGCAGCCACCUUUGCCUGGUUAUUUUAAAAUUAAUUCUGAUGGUUCAUUUAUUGCAGAAAAUAAUACUGGAGGCAUUGGACUAAUUUGUAGGGAUUUUGCAGGUGCGCAUCACGGAUCAAAGUGCAUUUAUCUAACUACUGCGAUUAGUCCAGAGCAAGCUGAGAAUAAAGCUUUAUGGAAGGCAAUGCAAUGGGCAUUAGAGAAGAAGCUGGAGAAAGUGAUUUUUAAGCUGGAUACAAAGCUUGUAGUGGACAUAGUCUUGGGAUAUUCACUUAACAUUGAUUGGAGAUUACACAACUUAAUCUUAGAUAUUAAAAACUUAUUAAGCAUUCAUCCCUCUUGGCAAGGUUUCUAUGUGCCCAAAGAGAAAAAUAAAGUAGCAGACUCUCUUUCUAAGUUAGCUAGAACUCAAUUUAUUAGUUAUGUUUGGCUCUUAGCUCCUCCAGAUGAAAUUAUUAAUCAACUUCGUGAGGAUGCAAACAAUGUAAACACUGUUUGA